AAAAAAAAAGGUUUCAGAGUUCAUUCAUGACAAGCAGCAGACGUAUUUGCCUAGUGUCUGUGUGCCCCGUGUUGAUUUCACGUACUGGUGAUUUUUUUCUCCUGAUGUGGAUUAUAUUUUGAAGUAGAAAUCUAUUUCGUUUGGACUUACGUUAUAAGCGAUUUACUUCUUCCGUGAAAUAUCUUGAAUAAUCUAGAUUCUAGUUCAUUCUAGAUUUAUAUACAUACAUUUUGAGAGUUUUUCUGUAUCAUAAAUUUUUUAACCCCCCCCCCCUUCCCCUGCCCAUUUGAGAGGGUCAAACGCAGACUGAAAUUCAGCGUAACGGUUGACUGAACCUGGGGCUUUGCCUACAGCCUUAACAACGAUGUAUUGUACAAUUAAUGUGUAUAUGUACCGACACAGGACAUUUCUAAUUCAUGUUGGAUAAUUCAUUGGAAAACCUGAGUGAUGACAAUUAAGUUAGUUAACAACGGAUUCCUUUAUACUGUGGACAGCACUCGGGAACAGUUUGAGGUUUUAUUGAAGUUGUUAGUUCUGGCCGGGAGAAGGAGCUAUUUGGAAUAGGAUUGGAAGAGAUUCGCUAUCGGAACGGAAAGGGGGAGGCUCCUGUUGGACUGUAGCUCGAGCCCCUGGCUGACCGAAGAUGGACGUGGACGAUGAGAAGAUAGUGACUCACGUCUACGGCCUGCACAGCGACUCAGACUCGGACAGCAGCGACUACCCCUACGUGGACGCGCCAACUGAUGGAAACGCACCUGUGAAAUACUUUACGCAUGAGCUGUCCUUCAGGGGGAGACUUCGGAGGUUCUUUAUAAGAAACUCGACCACACGUUUGGCUUGCACUUUUUUUGACUUAGCCUUGAAGACGUUGAUCUGUGUUAUCUAUGUCACACGAGUGUCACUGGACAAUGUCAAGGACUAUGAAUGUGCGGGAGCCCCUUGCAGCAAUGCAGAAAAUGACACUCGCAUUAGCUCUAAAGAAGUUAAUUGGUAUGUUCUACUUUGGGUUCAGCGAAGCUGGACCAUCUGGGCCAUUGAGGUGGCCCUGGCUGUUAUAUCUUUGGCUAAAGCUUUACUGAUGAUCUAUAUCGCCACCCGUGGCCACAGAAUGGAUCAUGUUUUAACUUUGACCUUUCUCUUAGAGAUUUGCUGCUCUGUGCCUAUACUUAUAACUGUUGUGUUUCCAAAGCUGCUGAAACAGCUGUUCGUUCCUGUCUUUCUCAACUGUUGGCUGGCGAAGAGAUCUAUGGAAAAAAUUUAUAAUGAUCUUCAUUUGACUAGGCAAAGAUUCCAGACAAUAUCUGUUACACUCCUGCAGCAGAUGGUCAUGCUUGUGGUCAAUAUAAUAUGUCUAGUCUUUAUCAAUAUUUGCUUCAUUCAACACAUCCAGCGAGCCAGCAGUGAGAAGCAGUUGUCUAUGUUUGAUUCUCUGUACUUUGUGAUAGUGACUUUCUCCACAGUGGGUUAUGGAGACAUCUACCCAGACAUUUGGCUUGGGAGGCUGUUCACCAUCAUCAUGAUUUGUGUGGCUUUUGCCUCCAUUCCUAGACAUAUUGAAGGGCUUGUAUCUACUUACAUGGAACGUCAAAAAGCAGGGGGUGAGUACAGCCAGAGGUCAGCACAGCGCAAUAGACAUGUCAUUGUGUGCAGCAGUGCCAUGAUUCAAGACACUCUCAUGGACUUUCUAAAUGAAUUCUACGCACACCCCAAGCUAGAGGAUCACACAGUAAUUCUUCUGUGUCCACAAGAACUAGACAGCAACAAGCAGGUCAUUUUAAAAGACCCCAAAUGGGCUCACAGGGUUAUCUACAUGAGGGGGUCAUCUCUUAAAGAUAUUGAUCUGAAAAGGUGUCGAGUGCAUCAAGCGGAUGCCUGCUUCUUCCUUGCACCAAGACCUACUCAGGACAAAGCUAAAGCAGAUCGCCAUACUAUACUCAGAUCUUGGGCAGUCAAAGAUUUUGCGCCAAACUGCAAGCAGUAUAUUCAGCUGUUCAAAGCUAAAAAUAAACUACAUGUCAAGUUUGCAGAACAUGUCGUUUGUGAAGAUGAAUUCAAAUAUGCCCUUUUGGCCAACAACUGCCUUUACCCAGGUCUGUCCACUCUAGUCUCUCUUUUGGUUCAUACCUCCACUGGACAAGAAGGGCUGGUAGCACCAGAGCCAUGGCAGCAAGUGUAUGGCAGGCAUUCUGGGAAUGAAAUAUAUCACAUUCAGCUCCACAAGAGCUUGUUUUUCAACCAGUACGAAGGGGAGACAUUCCCACAAGCUUCAGCUGAUGCACACCACAGGUUUGGUGUAGCGCUUUUAGCAGUACUGGACAGUGAAUCACCAUCUCCCAGGCUGCAGCUCAAUCCUGGCCCAGAGUACAGAUUAAAGGCCAAUGACUACUGUUUUUACAUGAGUGUAACAAGGGAAGAGUACUCUAAGAUCAGCCCUGAAGCAUUAAAGAGUAUUCCCAGGAAGAAAAAUGAAAAUAUAGACUUUUUGUCAAAGGAGAAAGAAGAUUCCGGGUGUCAUUACUGGCACCAUUCCAGCGAAGAUGAAGAUGACCAUAAGAAAACAUUUCGCUCUCAGAUAGCCUUAGCAUUACAGAAAUACCACAAUGACAAUGAUGUGACUAUCAAUGUGGAAGACACGGAUGAGGCAGUGUUUGACACAAUCACCAGUCUGAUGGGGGAGAAAAUCACCAGAAUGGCUAGGAAUCAGACAGCACCAAAUUUCACGAUAGGCAAUGAGCCCAAUGGCAAGUCCUUGCUUCAGAAGCCUGGUGUACGUUUGAAAAAGGGCUCAGUCAGUUUCAGCUCCAUCCCACUUCUGCAUGCAGAGGAGCCCAAACAGACAGACAUUCCAAAGGUAGAUGAGGAAGAUGAUAAGACUGACUCGACUGAACAGCUGAUGGGUGAGGAAGAUAGCAAAGAUGGAUCUGAAAUAGGUGGCCUUCAUAAUGUUGACCACAGACAUGGAGCUGGAAGAGUUUUGCAAUUCUACACUGACAUGGGACAGGAGAAGUUGACCACUGGACCACCACCUGUUACAAUUUUCUCUGGAGCCAGACGAACAAACUGUCACAUUAUGUCAGAAAAAAGACACUUGUGUUGCCUAGAGUGGGGUCAGAACUGUCAGCAUUGCUCAUACAAAAAUGCAAAUGAUAAAAGGUGGCACCACCAGUUGAUCAUCCUUGCAGCCGAGCAUGCCUCCAGUGGAAUAUUCAAUUUCAUCGUCCCACUCCGCUCAUCAUUUAUUGGUGUUAAUGGUCUGAGUCCCAUAGUUCUACUCUUGGAAGAAAAGCCGGACGUUUUAUUCCUGGACACCAUAGCACAGUUUCCUUUAGUCUACUACAUGAUCGGCAAGAUACAGAAUGUUGAUGAUCUACUAGUCGCAGGAAUCAACCAGGCCAGCCAUCUGGUUGUUGUCAACCGGGAUUCUGAUUCUGACUACGGAGGGGAGGAGAUUCUAGCAGACUCUGAGACUAUUGUAGCAGUACAAACUAUUUUCAGAUUGUUCCCUAACACGUAUGUUGUCACAGAGUUGAGUCAGGCAUCCAACAUGAGGUUUAUGCAGUUCUCUGCACAGGAUGUGUAUUCCCAGAAAGCCUCCAGACUUGAGCAGAAACUCAAAGACACAAUGACAACAAACUUAAAUCAUAUUUUCCGUCUGCCUUUUGCUGCUGGCCAGGUUUUUUCUGCUAGUAUGCUGGACACAUUACUUUACCAGACCUUUGUGAAAGGUUACUUGAUCAGCUUUGUUCGUCUGCUGCUAGGGAUUGAUGCUGAAGAGGGUUCAGGACAUUUAUCUAGUAUCAGAGUGAAGAGAUCCACUGUCCAGAAGUUCCCAGAAUAUGGUGACCUCUAUGAUGGUUUAUGCUCAGCUACUGGAGAGAUUCCUUUCGCUAUCUACAGAACAGAAAAAGUGACAAACACAGAGCCAAAUGAAGAACCAUCAACUUUCUUUGGAGAACAUUUGUCGGACUUCCAUUUUCAAUAUAAGAAAAAGAAACCUGGCAAAAAACGCCAUGAUGAGGGAAUCAAACCUUCACAGUCCACCAUUAGUCGUCAUAGAUUUUCAAUGAUCUGUAAGCCUGAUCAAGAUGACCUUGGUGACCUAAUCAGGAACAGACUCAUGUCCCUUGAACUCACCUCUAAUGAUUACAGUGAUGUGAGGAGACGUCCCAACACACUGUCUUAUGUUAUCACCAAUCCAUCCCCCAAGAGGAGACUUAAGAUGGGAGAUAUUGUGUAUGUCAUCCAGCCCUCUUCUAUGUAUGCUAAGCCAUCGAAAAGGAAAUUUUACAUGAACCGUAUUCAUCGCUCUCACAGUUUUGCUGGCACAGAGAGCAGUAACUCUCUCAAUAACAAUUUAACCAAAGAUGUAGGACUGGGUGUGGACAAAAAGGUGGGUCGUUUCACUCUGCAUCGGAAUCUCUCUGACAAGGACAUGCGCCCUAGAAGUGUAACUGUCAUUGGCAAUGAGGCUGCCACAGGUGCCACAAAAGUAUAAACUGUUGCAGACAUUUUGUUUUUCUUCCAAUGUUCCAGAUCUAAGUGUUGAUUCAUAUUUACAGAUCUCACUAAGCUCUGACCAAAGUGUUUGUUGAUCAAACCUGUGUUCUUCUGGAGAGAAUUUCAAUCUUGAGUGUUGUGUGCCAUUCAUACCAUAUUGUAUGUGUGCUGCGACUCAAGACUGAGCAUAAACUGUUUAGAGUUUAGGCAAUGCAUGACCUUGACCUGAUCUGGGUGCAGACCAGAGUUUUGUUGUAAAAAAAAACUAUUGUAAAAAUGUGACUUUUUAUUGUACAAAGUAUUGUGAGAAAUAUUUUUAUUGAGACUUUUUUAUGUUUUAAUAUUUUAUGUCCAGACUUUAUAGACCCAUUGCUUUCAUCUUUUUCUACAAACUUGUCUAUAUACUUCUAUUCCUUUUCCAAGCAUACCAAUAACAAUUCCCUUGUAUUAUAGGGUCAUGUUUGUUAUACAUUAGCUGACAAGAAUAGUUUUAAAAUUGACAUUUUAGAAUCUUUAUGAAUUUUGUUCUAUUGUGAUCCUUUAUUUACAUUUUUGUAUGAAUUUUUAUAAGUAUUUAGCAAAUGGUAACAUACAAACAAGUAACAUUAUUAAAACUAUUUCUAGCCACAAACAUUUUGACUUUUUUUAAACACUUCGAUAUUUACCAUCAUUUAGACUUUCUCUUUGACCAGAAAAAUUAAGUAGAUUUCUGGAAAUAAAAUGUUGCCACUUGAUAGCUAAAUGAAGAGUUAAAGUUCUUUAUCGCUUGCAUUUUUUCUUUCUGUUGUAGCUUUUCUUCCUGUCAUGUUCACACGCAUUUCAAACUAAAACAAGCUACAAACAUGAAUAUCUUUUUUUUGAUUGGUUAUCUACAACUACUUUCUUUUUGUUUCACAAUGUUGUUCUAAAUAGUUCUUAAUUUUGAUGUUUGUAAAUUAUAUAUAUAUAUAUAUAUGACACUGCUAUAGUCAAUAAUUCUAGUCUCAGCUAGUACAUCUGGGUAUCAGUCGAGUAUAUGUUUGUAUUGCCUUAAAAUAGCUAUGUAUUUAUUUAACAAGUCUUUAAACCAUAGCAUUGGGGAACAAAAAUUGAACAUUAUCUUGUGAAGUUUGAUAUAAGUAUGAAGACAUUAAAGUAAUAUUUGGGGUGAACUUAUACAUUUGAAAACUAGUGAAAUAUUAAAAGCUGAAUUCUGUUCCAUUAACUGCACUUAACAGUACAUGUCCUUUUGAUUCAUAGAUCUAACAAAACCAUAAAAAAAAUGACUGCAGGUUAAAAAACGUAUUCAGUCGCCCCAUCUAUUCAAGAUCACAUUUUCUAUUUUUAUUUGUCUUUAUAUCAUUGUCUGUCCCAAGCCUUGAGUUUGAAGGCAUUGAAUUAAAAAGCACAUUUAAGCUUUGAGGAGAACACAUGUACAUAGAACCUGACUUGUGCUGAACACAUCUGGUCAAAUACUCUCAUUGGCUUUUUUUAAAAACAGGCUAAAGAAGUUUGUACUUAUUUUAUUGUAUAUGUACAUAGUCAUUAUAUAUCUAAUUUUACUGAGUAAUAAAGUAUGUACAACUUUCUUUGUCUCUUCAGUGGCUUGUCAUUUUUUUUCAUAUUAUUAUUAUUAUAAAUUGUUUUCAAUUGAUGAAAUUGAAUGUUAAAAAAAUUUUGAUAAUGAUAUAGAGAAAUUUGUGAGGGUAUUAUUUAUGUAUGCUGAUUAUUGAAUAUAAAGUAUUAUUACAAUCAGAGUUUGCACUAGAUAAUUUAGCUGUUUAAAUUCAGGUCUAUUAUAUGUUACUUCCCAAAGUGUGUCUGCUUAUGGUUAAUGUGUCAAACUUAGGAAGAGUUGUGUUUUGUCAGUCAUGUCCAUAGAUCAAACUUUAUUCUAUAAAUUAUUGUAGAGUCUUUUUGUCUCACUUUCUGAUUCACUGUAACGCUUUUGUUGCUUGUUUCAAAUCUUGCUCACUUUACCUACCCCCCUCCCUUAUGUAUAUAAAUUGUACACAAAUUUCAAAUCUUGAGUUAACAAAAAUCAACCCAUUAUGUCCUGCUCUAAAGGUGCUGUCAGCCGUUGGCUUUCUACAUUUUCCUAGUAUUGGUAUACAACAUUGAGCUCAGCUGUGCCACAUUUUGUUUUUUAUCACCAAUGUUUUGGUGAACUUUUUAAAAGCUUUUUGUUUUGGUCCUGUGCCUUCAUUUUGUAUGUUCAAUGGAAUUUUUCUAUAGCAUAUACAUAUAAAGUUAACACUCUAGAUGUUCAAAGCAUUCCUGACAAUUUGUUUUAUACACAAUUUAUGUUUAUCUGAAGAACCAUUGUGAAACUUUUUAUUCUGUUUCUCUUAUAAAGUUGUAUUUCACUUUAAAAUGUCUCUAACUCUAAUUGAGCCUUACAGCAGUGAAUUUGAAUAGUUUUAUCUGACACACAACCACCUGUAUGGAAUGCUUCCAGAGAUAUAAGCACCAUAAUUCCACUUGCUUAAGACACUAGUGACCUUAGAGCUGACAAUGUUUGAUUUAAUGAUGACUUAAUUCUGAUUUGCUAAUGUAAGAGUUUUUUAACAGCUAGAUGAUUUUAACAGCUAGAUGUUUUUAUCAAGUAAUUUUGUUAAAAAUUACUUUGUACUGCUCAUCUUUCCAUGCUUGUAGCUUGCGCAGUGCGCUAUCUCUUUUCUGGACAUGUGAUGGGUUAUCUGAAAUCUGCUAACACAACUUAGAUCAUGUUGGGAUUCAAACUUAAGUCCCCUUGAUAAAGCGGUUAAUUCAACUCAGCCAUACAUAAUGUUUCAGACACAUUUAGAAAGAGUUUAGGUAAAAACUUUUUUCUUACGAUUUAGCAACCUAAGAAUUGUACUUAAUUUCUGUUUACUUUCCCUUGUAUGGGAGUCUGAUCUCUUAUCAUCACUAUCUUUUUUAUUUUUGUAUAUGGCAUUAUCAGUUAGUAUACUUCAGUAGAGUUAGUAUACUUCAGUAGUCCACUCUCUGAUCUUUAAGUUUAUCAUUGAUCCUUUCAUUUAGUGGCAUCAUGUUCCACGUCACCCAGUGUGGCCCUCACCAUCUUAGUGGCACCAUUGCUUCCAUCUUUGAUGUGAGAAGAGUUUCACCUUUCUGAUGGGAUCCACUUCCAUGUUAGGAUCUUAUUUUAUCUCCACCUCUGCAUCUAUCUGUUCCUACAAGGUGAUCUUAAACAUAAUAUAUAAAUGAAAGAAUUGGCUAUGAAUGAAUGAAUGUAAACGUUUCCAGAUUGACUUGAAUGUUAAUUUUACAAAAUUGUUGGCCUGAUUUCAAAUGAUAUGUAAGAUGUCAAGACAUUAGAUUGUGAUAAUUUUGGUAAUAAAAAUGAUAUUUAUCAUUCAAAGCUA